AGCGUAGUCCACAUUCAUUCACCGAGCAGACGAAUGCAAUCCAUCUGAUUCAAAUCUAUUCAACUGCCAUUACCUUCAAUUUGAGAGGCAAGCAGUUAGCAAUAAUCAGUGUUUUAACAUAAAAAAUAGUUCAAUUAGUUUCUUAAUAGUUGUGGGAAUAAGUGAUAAAAUGAGUUCUCAUAAAACCGAUGAUAAAGCGGCCGCGGAUAUUCCGGAAUAUUUGAUGGAUUCCAAAAAAGGCGUUACGUACAAAAGAUUGCGAUUUUUCGGAAAGGGUGGCUUUGCAAAAUGCUACGAAAUCAGAGAAACAAAGUCGGAGCAAAUUUUCGCCGGAAAAAUUGUACCGAAAAGUCUUAUGAUCAAACACAACCAGCGCGAAAAAAUGACCCAGGAAAUAGCCAUCCAUCAGUCGUUGGAACACAAAAACAUUGUCAAAUUUUUGAGUUUCUUCGAGGACCCAACGAAUGUGUACAUCGUACUGGAACUGUGCAAAAAGCGAUCGAUGAUGGAAUUGCAUAAGCGGCGACGCGUCAUUACCGACUACGAGUGCCGGUUCUAUGUCUAUCAAAUAUUGGAGGGCGUGAAAUACUUACACGACCACAAUAUCAUCCAUCGUGACCUGAAAUUAGGAAAUCUGUUUUUAAACGAUCAACUGAAUGUGAAAAUUGGCGACUUUGGUCUGGCCACUAGAAUUGAAUUCGAUGGCGAAAGGAAGAAGACAUUGUGUGGCACACCGAACUACAUCGCCCCGGAGAUUUUAACAAAAACAGGACACUCAUUUGAAGUUGAUAUCUGGUCGAUUGGAUGUGUUAUGUACACUUUAUUGGUUGGACAACCGCCAUUCGAAACGAAAACGUUGCGUGAUACGUACAGCAAGAUCAAGAAAUGUGAUUACAAGAUGCCAAUAUCAGUGCGACGAUCUGCUGCUGACAUGAUCAUUGCGAUGUUACAGUCGAAUCCACAGAAACGGCCCAGUGUCAAUAAGCUUUACUUGUUCGAGUUCAUUAAGAAUCAUCAUAUUCCGAGCUUCCUGCCGACGUCUUGUCUUACUAUGGCUCCGCGUGCAGAUGAGAUCGAAGGUGGUGAACGUGAUAUUGGUGUAAAUCGUAGACCACUGUUGGAAAUUAACGAUAAUUUAGACGAAAAUGCUGGUGUUACAUUCUUAAAGAAAAAUCUGCAUGACCAGAUCACUGCUUGCGGCUCUAUUGCCAAGAACAAUGCUGAAUACAAAAGCGAUAUCGAAUCCCUGUUACAUCAACUAACCAACAUGCUGAACAACAAGCCGAAACGGCAUGCCCAUUUAGACUCGGACGAAAAUACGGAUCCGGCGGCACAGCCACUAUUCUGGGUAUCAAAAUGGGUCGACUACAGCGACAAGUAUGGGUUCGGUUAUCAAUUGUGCGAUGAAGGUGUCGGUGUUAUGUUCAACGACACAACCAAAUUGAUUAUGUUGGCGAACGGAAUUAAUGUUCACUUUGUGGAAAAGGACGGAAAGGAAAAGUACAUGACCACGCAGGCAUAUCCGUCGGACAUGGAUAAGAAAAUGAAGUUGUUGUCCUACUUCAAGCGGUACAUGACCGAACAUUUGGUGAAAGCUGGUGGAUCAGCAGUUGUUGAGCAAUCAGAUUCAGUGUCUCGGAUACCACACAUGCACACCUGGUUCCGAACAACUUGUGCUGUUGUUAUGCACCUUACGAACGGUUCUGUUCAGUUCAACUUUUCGGAUCACGUGAAAAUAAUCUUAUGUCCUCGCAUGAGUUCCGUCACCUACAUCGAUAACGAAACAAAUUUCCGCACCUACCGAUUUGCGACGAUACAGGAACGAGGUCUCACCAAUGAUUUGUAUCAAAAAUUACGUUAUGCCCAUGAGAAGAUCAAAACAUUGUUGCAGAAAUUAGUAUAAUAAUAAUCAGCCCUAAGGACUAACCGAUUUUUCAUAAAAAAAAAACAUUUUCUUUUUGUAAUCCCUGUUAAGUUCACUGCGUUAUAUUUGCGUUCAUAUUUUUUUCGCCCAAAUUUUUUUUCUUCCUUUGUUCAAAUUUUAAGUACGAUUAUAACCGACCCAGCUACGUGUUCAGUGAAAUAUUAUAAUUGUUUAUUCGAUGUACAUUAAGUUAAUUUUUUUAAGAAACUUUUUAAUUAGAAUCACGGACUGAAGGGACCAAUAAAAAGUAUUUUCCAAUUUAAA